GAAGAAGAAGCAGAGAAGAAGAAGAAGAAGCCGACAGCGCUUGUAGUAUGCAGCAGUUUCUUGUUGUUAACUAGUUUAAAGUCAUAUUUUUACUAACAAAGCUCACCUGAAGCAGAAACUGAGGAACAAUGUUUGAAAACUUCAGAGAAAGACUUCACCUGGUCCAGCAGGAUUUCUCCUCGGGCUUGAAGACCCUUGGAGACGCAUCAAGAGACCCCAAAAUAAGGAGGCGAUCCAGGUUUGAAGAAAGUCUUCCUCAUUUAAGGGCUGGACUGGAAAUCCUAAGCAGGUAUGAGGAGAGCUGGUUUCUGCUCCAUAAAAGAACUAAAGACUGUGCCCAAGCAGCAGAAGCAGCAGAUGGUGACAUAGUGAUGCUCUCAGCCCACUGGGAGAGGAGACGAGCAGCUCUGAGCCAGCUGCAGGAACAGCUGCAGAACCUGCCGGACUUCAUCAGCGAACUGGACGCCAUCACUGCUAACAUAGCUCAUUUGGAGGGCGACUUUGAGGAGAUGGAGAGCAGACUGGUUUACCUGGAAACUCUGUGUUUUCAGUGUGACCAACAGUCCGUCAAAAAACAUCACAUGAACCAGCUGGAAGUCUACAAGAAACAGAAAAGGAAGGAGAUGGAGUUACUGGAAGUGGAACUAAACGCCGAGCAUGCUCAGAGGGUGGCAGAACUGGAGCAGGCUCUGCAGCAGAAACUGAGAGAACGACAGAAGGUCUAUGAAGAAGCUUUUAACCAGGACGUGGAGACGUACCUGUCCACUGGACACCUUCAGAACAGAGCAGAGUCGGCAGCAGCUGAUGUGAGUAAUCUGGAUCAGAUGAUGGUGGCUAACAUAUCAGACCAGGAGGCUUUGGAUGACUUCCUAAAUUCCACUGCAGAUGAUUUCAGUACCGGAUCAUCUCUGACCUCAGAGUCUGCGUUGGUGGACCAAACCGCCACGGACCAGUGGAUUCAAUUUAUCCACAUGAAACGAUGUUCCUGCGACUCUCCCUGCUGCUCUUCAUCUCUGUGCUGAACAUUUAUACCAGGCCAAGAUGGCAUCAACCGUUUUGGAAAGAGAUGCUUCCUUCUGUCAGAGACUCACCUGCACUGCGAUCGGUAAGUCUCGCCGCUUGUGUAACACUAUGCUUUAUUGUGCAUGAGAGCCUGAAAUGAUGGUAGACUGCAGCUAACUGCUAAUCGGACUGACGCUACAUGCUAAUGGGACUAGUAGAAACGUUGAGCCCCAUGUGAUUUACAAAUGGCCCCCAUAUUUCGUUUAAAUUCUCCAGGGUGUGUUGCUCUGCGACAUUUGUAAAAGGCUCCAUAAUCGUUUUCCUUCUCUUAGUUUUUUUUGUCUGAGCAAAGGCCCGCUACCACACAGAGCUACCGUAUCCAUGACCGGCUGUUUGGUGCGACGCACCCCGGUGACCCAUGAACACGCAGGGUUGCGAUCGGUGACUGAUUGGUGAUAUUUGUAGUGAUGUAGUGCCAGUCCCGUUUAAUCUGACAUGGUGACCAUCGUGAAACAACCCGUGUAGUCUGAUCCUGGCAUGUUUUCAUUUAUCUGAAGAGCAGUCGCUUAUAAUUUUACAAUCGGCUGUCUGUGUUACUGAUGCAGAGACUUUCUCUGUUUUUGCCCACAGACUGUGUGGAUGAGCCGAUGCAGCUGCUGUUUGAUGGUGUUUCCUGAAGCAGCUGAAGCAGAUUCCCGAGCCAGAGCUCUGCUGUCAGUGUGACAGGCCAACAAAGGAGGACGUCAUACCCCGCUACGUUUUUCGAUUCAGUCGAAGGUCAUCCUGAAGCCUUCAUGUUGUCCAUCAGCAGCAGAUGUGCAGCACCACACACACACACACACACACACACAGAUGCUGGAAUGAUGACUCGCAUUCUGUAGCCAUGAUGACCGCGGACCAGCUCAGUAAGAACUGUGUUCCAGGUGCCUGCAUUCACUGAAUAAAGGUGCACAAAGUUGUAAUUUUAUUUUGGUUGACAUGUUGCAUUGUGUUUGUUUCUAAACUUAAUAAAAUCGCUUUGAAUUACAGUUUUGGGUUUUUUCACAUUCUACGUAUGAGAUUACGUUGUGUAAAUGGUGCAGUAUAGUGUUAAAAUACCUCCUCCCCCUUUUUAAUCAAAUGCAUAUGUCCUAUGUGAACGCGUUGAACUUUCUUUUUCUAGUAUGUAAAUAUAACAAAAACAUUUUUAUAUUCUCACAUUGACAUGCCGUCAUUUCAUAUCAACAGUUUCAUUUGCUUUUUAAUUUGACAUUUUUCAUUGCAAAACAGAAACUUCUCUUUGCCUCCAGCACGUAAACGGCCAUAUUCCUGCAUAUAAGUGUUUCUUGCAUUUUGCAAUGAAAACACAUUUGCACACAGACUCCAACCCAGGAUGUUGUCAUACACACAGGGGGAGUUUGGAGCUGGUUCACCCUUCUUAGAACCUGUGCAAAGAAAAGAGGCAACUUUUUAGUUUGUUGGUGAUAGAAAUGGUUUUACUGAGCUGGUAGCUGAGAUUCUGGACUUUCUGUGGAUACCACACAUGUUUAUAGUUACAUCUACAGACCUGA